CUUGUAGGAGUUUGAUUUCCUACUCUUACAGCGUUGAAAUACUUCAUAUCUGAAAAUGGAAAAUCCAGCAGUUUCACUCCUCGUUAAAACUAAUAAUCCUGCGCCCACGGUCGAUCAAAUAAAUGCCGACAGAAUAACACAGUUGGCCAACAAAUAUUGGGCACCUCACACAACCAACUCACACCUCCAGUUUGAUCCAGUAAUCAUCGAAGAUAUAUACAUACAAGAGAUAUGUGCUUCAAAGUUUUCAAUCAGGCGCAUAAUGAUGCUCGAAUUCAGCCAAUACCUGGAAAAUUAUCUUUGGCCAAAUUAUAGUACCGGAGAAACGUCACACAGUCACAUGAUGUCGAUAGUUGUAAUGCUGAAUGAAAAAUUUCGAGAGAGAGUCCAAGUCUGGGAAGCUUUUUCGAAGAAUCCUCAACAUUUUCCUGGAUUUUUUCAGCAAGUUCUGGAAGCUUGCUUGAACGAGAGUACAAUGGAUUUUGAUCUUAAAGAACAGACGGCGCUUAUUGUUUUUUUGAAUCAUUGUUUCAAUUCUAUGGAAGUAGCGUUAGUGAGAAAUGAAGUUAAGAGGUUGGUGUCAUUGUCAAUGUGGGUAUCACUGCAACAGGGCAGACGUGAGUUUGAGUUUAGAAAGUUUCCCAAGUGGAGAAAAUAUUGGAAAAUUAUACAAAAGAAAGAUAAGCCAGAGAUCAGACAGAAGUUGGACUGGGAGCGGAGAUUCCUACAGAGAUUGAUGGUCAAAUUUAUGACUAUCCUGGAAACUGUACCACUCGAGGGAGCAAUUUUUCCCGACAAGAUACAUUAUUGCGAAAGGUUCUUGGAGUUGGUUAUCGACUUGGAAGCUCUUCUGCCUACCAGACGUUUCUUCAACACAGUCAUGGAUGACAGUCAUUUGGUAGUACGGUGUCAACUCUCCAACUUGGUGCAACGCCCAGAGGGAGGUCUUUUCAACCAGCUUUUGGAGAUGCUCAAGUUUUAUGCAAGAUUCGAGAUAAGUGAAGAAACCGGCGAUCCCCUCACUGACCAUGAUAUGACGCAGUUGCAUUAUACAAAAAUCACCUCACUGCAGAAAGCUGCCUUCGCCAAGUUUCCUGAUCUGCGGAGCUUUGCACUUGCAAAUGUAGCCAGUGUUGAUACCAGAGAGGCACUCUAUAGACACUUUGGCACCUUGAGUCAGGAGAAGCUGAGAUCGAUUGCCACAUACCUGAACCUUGUCCCGCCGGAAGAGCGAGAGGUUGAUGAAAAUUGGUAUCGAUUGGAUCUGGGCUUUCUUCGGGAAUUACUGAUUUCGAGGCACGAGCGUCGAGCAUCGCAACUUGAAGAAUUGAACGAGAUGCCGCUAUACCCGACGGAGGAGGUUGUCUGGAACGAAAGUAUCGUGCCCACAGAAUAUUUCUCCGGUGAAGGCUGCCUGGCAUUGCCGAAACUGAAUCUUCAGUUUCUCACGCUUCACGACUACUUGCUGAGGAAUUUCAAUCUCUUCAGGCUCGAAUCAACGUAUGAAAUCAGGCAAGAUAUCGAGGACUCGGUCAGCAGGCUCAGUCCAUGGCGUGCGGAGGAUGGCGGCGUGUAUUACGGUGGAUGGGCCAGAAUGGCACAGCCGAUAACUCAGUUUGCAGUUGUUGAGGUUGCUAAGCCGAAUAUCGGGGAGAAUAGGCCGUCGCGCGUAAGAGCCGACGUCACUGUCAAUCUGAGCGUGAGAAAGGAAAUCAAGGCAGAGUGGGAAAACCUGAGGAAACACGACGUUUGCUUUUUAAUAUCAAUCAAACCUCCUAAUACCAUCGGAACGAAAUACAGUCACAAACUGCCGUUUGUACCCCAGGUUGGUUUGACAACCGUACGGGGGUGCGAGAUUGAGGGCAUGCUAGAUUCGAAUGGUCGGGUGAUCGAGGAUGGUCCUGAACCAAGGCCUGUACUCCCCGGCGAGAAUCGCACUUACCGUGUUUGGCUGGACUCUAAUCAAUACCGCAUUGAUAUGGAUAACGCGAGCCAUGGCAGAGAGGAUGUGUAUGAAGGUUUCAACAUAAUCAUGAGGCGGAAGCCGAAGGAGAAUAACUUCAAAGCUGUCCUAGAGACGAUCAGGGAAUUGAUGAACACCGAGUGUGUUGUACCCGAUUGGCUUCACAAUAUAAUAUUAGGAUACGGGGAUCCCGGAGCCGCCCAAUACGCAAGAAUGCCCGAUGAGAUCGCAGUAAUGGAUUUUAACGACACGUUUCUAGACAUAGAUCAUCUCCGAGCAAGUUUUCCGGGGUAUGAAAUUAAAGUUGAAAUCACCGAAGAAGAGAAAUUAGUUCGGCCGUUUCGACUAACGUUUGAGGAAGUCUUAUGCAAGCAGAACAACCAAUCGGAUAGAAAAGUGAUCAUGGUCGAACCACACGUACCGCCAAGUCGCGGCCCCUACAAGGCCAAUGAGCCCAAGAGAAACCAAAUACCGUUCACACCAACGCAAGUAGAGGCGAUCCGCGCAGGAAUGCAGCCAGGGCUGACGUUAGUCGUCGGUCCGCCGGGGACCGGAAAGACGGACGUUGCCGUGCAAAUUAUAUCGAAUUUAUACCACAACUUUCCCAAUCAAAGGACAUUAAUAGUCACACAUUCCAAUCAGGCAUUGAAUCAGUUGUUUGAAAAAAUCAUGGCCUUAGACAUAGAUGAGAGGCAUCUGCUCCGUUUAGGUCACGGCGAGGAGGCGCUUGAAACCGAAAAAGACUUCAGCCGAUACGGUAGGGUCAACUACGUUCUGGCAAAACGUCUGGAUCUUCUCAUGGAAGUUCAAAGGCUUCAGGAGUCUCUUAAUGUAAAAGGAGACGUUGCGUACACGUGCGAAACUGCUGGACACUUCUUUAUGUACCAGAUACUUACUAGGUGGGAGCGCUUCAACGGAAGAAUCAAGCAAAGAUCGGGAAGCAAUCCCUCGCCUAACAUGGUUUCACAAGAGUUUCCAUUCCACAAGUUCUUUGACAAUGCACCACAGCCUCUCUUCAAGGAAAAAUCUUACAGCGAGGAUAUGGAAAUUGCCCAGGGUUGUUUCAGAUAUGUGGAGAGGAUGUUCGCUCAACUUGAGGAAUUCCGUGCGUUCGAAUUGCUCAGAUCAGGGCUGGACCGUUCAAAGUAUUUACUCGUGAAAGAAGCGAAGGUAAUCGCAAUGACUUGUACGCACGCAGCGCUCAAGCGACGGGAACUUGUCGACAUGGGAUUUAAAUACGACAACAUCCUUAUGGAAGAGUCCGCCCAGAUAUUGGAAAUCGAGACUUUCAUACCACUGCUGCUUCAAAACCCCCAAGAUGGUUACAAUCGUUUGAAGCGUUGGAUUAUGAUCGGCGACCACCACCAGUUGCCCCCUGUCAUUAAAAACAUGGCCUUCCAAAAAUAUUCAAAUAUGGAGCAGUCUUUAUUUGCAAGGUUCGUCAGGCUUGGUGUUCCUACCGUCGAUCUUGACGGCCAAGGUCGCGCCAGACCAAGUAUAUGCAAUCUCUACAACUGGCGGUACAAAAAGCUGGGUAAUCUGUGUCACGUCGAGCGUAGUCCUGAAUAUCUUAUUGCCAACGCUGGGUUCUUAUUCGACUUUCAACUCAUUAACGUUGAAGACUUCAACGGCGUUGGCGAGAGCGAACCGAGCGCUUAUUUCUAUCAGAAUCUUGCCGAAGCUGAGUACUGCGUUGCAGUAUUCAUGUACAUGCGCCUUUUAGGAUACCCAGCUGACAAAAUCAGCAUACUAACCACCUACAAUGGACAGAAGCAUUUAAUACGCGACGUAAUAAACAUCAGGUGUGCUAACAACCCGUUGAUAGGACGACCAAACAAAGUGACGACUGUUGACAAGUAUCAGGGUCAACAGAACGACUACAUACUGUUGUCGUUGGUGAAAACACGAGCAGUUGGUCACUUGAGGGAUGUCAGGCGGCUGGUAGUGGCAAUGUCGCGAGCUCGGCUUGGUUUAUACGUCUUUGCCAGGGUCGCCUUAUUUAAAAACUGCUUCGAACUUACACCCGCGUUCGACCAGCUAAUGCAGCGACCCCUUAAAUUACACAUUCUUCCUAGCGAAAUGUAUCCAGCACAAAGACUCAAUGAAAGCUUGGCAGCAUCAGUUAACCUUUUGCCCGAGGCUGUCGUCAUCGAAGACAUGCCCCACAUGGCAAAAUUCGUCUAUGAUUACUAUAUGGACAAAGUUAGCACCAUGAAAGCACAGACACACGGUGCAAAACAAUGGCAAGAACCUGGUACAACGGGCCGCAUCGCUAGCCCCACACAUCACAUCUCUGCACAUCCUGGUGCCGAUGAUGACACUGAUGACGAAGAUGAACAAGCUCGAAUUCAGUUAAGCGAUGACUGCGCUGAUGAAAUGAAACUAUCGGGAGAUGUAGAAAAGCCGAAGCCAAUUCAAAAUUUGCUUGAGGAAUCAACGGACGAUCAUUCGAGCGCUUCUCACGAGAAAUGACGGACGAGACAAUCUGAUUCUACGUUUUCUUUUUCUUUUUUGAUGGAACAAGUAAUGUGCUGCUUGGAUCGAAAAAUUUUACCAAUUUUUUAUUAAUCAUGACCCUUGAUUUACACCAGCUGUAAUAUUUCAUUCUUUCGAUUUAGUAAGGAUGUACUCCGAAACACAUGAUCCUUUGGCGAAAGUUAGAAAUUCCAGAUCUAACCGAAAGAACAUGAUCCCUGAGAUUUGUAUGCAGGUUCACCACAGUAAACGAUUAAUAAUCAACUGCAAUAACGACCACAUGUAUACCAUCGUUACUUUACACGCUUUUCUGUAUUAUAAAAUCUUUUGUAAAUUACUCCGUAUACUUACAAAACAUUAAAUUGCAUUUAAACACAGAUUUACAGAAUGCCCCCUACGCGUGUUUGAAACGCUGUACAGACCUCUUUUAUCGACCAAAACCAAUUGCAUGAAUUCCCAUGUUGCCGCAAUCUACGAUUUGAAAGUAUGUACCUAAGAGCUGAAAUGAAUUAAUUUUUGCCCUAAGCAUUACGAAAGUUAUGUGUGAGUAAUAAAGUGAUGAGAAAAACCCGGUGAAAACGAUGACUAACAUUUGACAUGCGCCAAAUUGGAGGCAAUCGUUAUAGCACGGCAUGAUUAAAUCAUACAUAUGAGUUGCACGCUCUAUCCAGCAAGUAUUGGGGCAUGCACUAGGACACACAGCAUCAAUAUCACAAUGAUUCGAUUCAUCGAUCCCUGUUUUCAAGCAACCUCCUCCGUUCAGAUAUUCUUCGCAUACCAGAAGCAGUUUGACGCUAACAUUUCUGCGAUUCCAUUAAUUGUGAAUAGAAGAGGUUUAUAUUGAUCAAACUUGAUGCGUUGCCCUGAAACGCAUGAAACUGAUCAAAAAGAGCGCAGUACCAACGGCAGACAAACAUUACGAUGCCGAAAAAUUUUGGUCUCAGAUUCGAUCUAAAUGACCCUUUCCUGACUAAUUGGACCCCCAGGAACACAGAAAACACACCAAAAAGAGCGUCGGACCAACAGCAGAGAAUUUGAGAAGAAUAUGCGCAGGAAUCUAAUUAUUUAUUCGUUCAUCCUAAUACAUCUUACAUUAAAUAGUAACAAUACAAUAUCAUACACUUCGUUCUCCGUAUGGAGCCGUUGCAUUUGUACCCAGGCCGGAGCCUGAACUCUACUUACUUAAAUACUACAAGAAUAACUUUCUCAUAUAAAAUUUUUCAUAUUUUGCCUAAGGUUACAUACAUUGCGCUAAUUUUUCCUUAUAUAAUAGUCACAUUUUUUGUGUGAUGUGUAAUGAUUUUUUUGCAUUUCUUUUUAUCUUUAACACUAAUGUGAAUAUUACCAAGCAAAUAGAAGCACUAUACACUGACAUCAGAACACUUGUACCACAAUUUAUACGUAUUGAAUAAAUUGCAACUGAAACUUUAAACCUGAGUAUGUGAUUCAGUUUUUUUCUCCCCUUCAAAAUGUCGGAUCAAAUUUUUGUUUGCGUAUUCAGACUGUGCGCAAUCGA